UCACCAGGGGUCCUAGCCAGAGGGGCAGAAAGGAGGCGCUGGAGGGUGGUGCUAAAGAAAAGGUCAUGUUCUGUCUGAAGACACUUCUGUUUCUGCUGUUACUCCACGUGCAGCUUUCCAAGACCUUUCCUGUAGUGUCUGCAGAGAAAAAUACAAAACUCAUUCAGGACUACCUAGAAAAGUUCUAUCAAUUACCGAGCAACCGAUACCGGACUUCAAGGAAGAACAGCACUACUAUGAUUGUUGAAAAGCUCAAAGAAAUGCAGCGAUUUUUUGGGUUGAAUGUGACAGGGAAGCCAAAUGCAGAAACUCUAGAGAUGAUGGAAAAGCCUCGCUGUGGAGUGCCUGACACUGCUGGCUUUGUGUUAACCCCAGGAAACCCCAAGUGGGAACACAUUAACCUGACCUACAGAUUUAUAAACUAUACCCCACAAUUGUCCAAGACUGACGUGGAAACGGUCAUUGAGAAAGCCUUUGAAGUCUGGAGUAAGGCAUCACCUCUGACCUUCACCAAAAUCUCACAGGGAGAAGCAGACAUCAAGAUUGCUUUUGUCCGAAGAGAACAUGGUGACAAUUCUCCAUUUGACGGACCCAAUGGAAUCCUUGCUCAUGCCUUUCAGCCAGGCCGAGGUAUUGGAGGAGAUGUGCAUUUCGACGAAGAAGAAACGUGGACCACAACCGCCGUAAAUUACAACUUGUUUCUUGUGGCUGCUCAUGAAUUCGGCCAUUCCUUGGGGCUCUCUCACUCCACUGACCCCGGAGCCCUAAUGUAUCCCAACUACGCUUUCAACGACCCCAGCACCUACUCGCUCCCUCAGGAUGACAUCAACGGCAUUCAGGCCAUCUACGGACCUUCAAGCAGCCCCGUGCAACCCACUGGACCAAGCACACCCAGAACCUGUGACCCCAGGCUGACCUUUGAUGCCAUCACCACACUCCGUGGAGAAAUACUUUUCUUUAAAGACAAAUACUUCUGGAGAAAGCAUCCUCAGCUGCCAACAGUCGAACUCAACUUUAUUUCUCUGUUCUGGCCAUCCCUGCCAAAUGGCAUACAGGCUGCUUAUGAGGAUUUUGACAGAGAUCUCGUCUUCCUCUUUAAAGGCAACCAAUACUGGGCUCUGAAUGGCUAUGACAUUCAGGAAGGUUAUCCCAGGGAUAUAUCAAACUAUGGCUUCCCAAGCACUGUCCAAGCCAUUGAUGCGGCUGUUUCCUACAGAAGAAAAACGUACUUCUUUGUAAAUGACCAGUUCUGGAGAUAUGAUAACCAAAGACAACUCAUGGAACCAGGUUAUCCCAAAAGCUUAUCAACCGCUUUUCCAGGAAUAGAAAGUAGAGUUGAUGCCGUUUUCCAGAGGGAUUAUGUCUUCCUUUUCUUCAGUGGACCAAGAUACUAUGCAUUUGAUCUUAAUACUCGUAGAGUUAUUAGGAUUGACAGAAGCAAUAUAUGGCUUAACUGUAGAUAAAGUUGAAGCAAAAUCAAACGUGCUUUCAUCCAUUUUCUGAAUACGGAAGUCCAAUUUGCCUACACAUUACUUUGCAUCCUGUUUAUACUUUUCUCAUCACUGUACUUUUGCCAUAAUUGUAUUCACUGGGUCUGUCCUCAGUAAAAAAUGUAUUUGCACUAUUCUGCUGUCUGCAGAGGUUGAUUCAGUUCUUACACACUCCUCUUAGGGUAGUGAAUCCAUCACAAAGAGAAGGAAAGUAAACUUUUUUGUCCCCUCAAUAUUUACUAAUUCAUUACUUACCUGACUUCUAAAAUUCACGGUUUCGUGACUUGCUUAUCUGACUGCAUAUAUUCCUACGUCUCUUUAAACACGUCUCAAAUCUGCUGCGUGCAGUUUAGCAAUGGAUUUUGGUUAGAGGUAAGGACUAUAUAUACUGCAGCACCCAUUGACUUUACAAAAAAAACAUAGUGCUGUUUUCCACUCUUGGAAAGAAAUGUGGAUGAUCCACGUUGUAGAUUGAGUUGUAUUCCCCUAAUGAAUGUGUUGAAGUCCUAACCUCAGGCACCUAUGUUCUUGGUUAAUGUGAGCUUAUGGGAACCAGGGUUUGCAGAUGUCAUUAGUUAUAAUGAGGUCAUUCUGAAUUCUGGCGGGCCCUAAGUCCAACAUGGCUGGUGUCCUUAUGAGAAGAGGAGAGACAGAGCCCCACAGGGGAGGAGCCAUGCGAAGACAGAGGCAGAGAUCUGGCUGACACAUCUACAAGUCAAAGAAUGCCAGGGUUUCCAGCGACUGUGAGAAGCUGGGAAGAGGCCUAAAAGGACAGCCUUCAGAAAGAACACGGCCCCACUGAUAACUGCAAAUUUGCAUUUCUAGCCUCCAGAACUGGGAGAGAAUAAAUUUCUUUUGUUUUAAGCCACCAACUUUGGGGUACUUCAUUACAGCAGCCCUAGAUACAAUGGACUGAACGUGGUAAGAUCCAUUUAAGAAAAUAAGUCAACACAAAAUGCCGAGGUUUAACCCCCACUAAGUAUUAUUGGGCAUCUUCCCUGGGGAGCAGCAGAAAGGAGAGUUGCCAUUUCCUCCGCUGCCUCCUCCCUGCU